UACGCAUGAAAUUCAUCGUAAACAGAAUGCAUAUCAGUGCACAUAUAUUAACAUUCUUGUUUUUAAUAUCUGCAUUUGUUGCAGUGAGAACUCGCAAUAUACCACCGUUUCUAAAGAUAUGCCACCGCAAUGAUCCAAAUCUGAACGAAUGCAUAAAGCAAAGUAUCAACUCGUUAAAGCCUUAUCUGAAAACGGGCAUUCCAGCAUUACAAAUACCAUCUUGUGAGCCACUUCACGUACCACAGAUUAAAAUUAACGAGUCAGUCGGUCCAAUUUCCAUCAAAUCGAUAUAUACCGACAUCGAGGUUCAAGGAGGAACGAGUUUUAUUUUAAAGAGCGUCAAAAUCGAUAUCGAUAAUAAUCGCAUUAGAUUAAAACUGUAUCUUCCACGUCUUGAGAUGAACGCACGCUACAAUAUAGAAGGAAAAAUUUUGAUGAUGCCUAUAAAUGGAACUGGAUUGGCGCGCGGCAAUUUUACAAAUAUUGAUGUCAUAGCUAUCAUCCAAGGCGAACAUUAUCAAUCUCGAAGAACUGAUGAGACUCAUUAUCGCGUUACUGACUUCUACGUAGAUCUUGACGUUGGACAGGCCAACAUCCAUCUAGAUAAUUUAUUCAACGGCGAUGAUACUUUAUCUAAUGCUAUGAACCUCUUUUUAAAUGACAACUGGAAAAUUGUAGCGGCCGAAAUUAAGCCAGCUCUUAAAAAUACUAUUUCGGAAAUUUUUAAGACAUUUUCAAAUAAGUUUUACUCAAAAUUUCCAUUGGAUAUAUUGCUGCCUCCUUAAAUACAUUACAUUCAUUCUUCAUAAA